ACAGUUCUUCCUUGCUGACCUCUUUGCAAACCCAGGAGCUGUUUGCUUUACUGCAGUGAUGAACGGCAACAUGCUGAACUUUGCCCUGUUGGGUUUUCUCUUCAUCUGGAUGCUGCCUACAGAGUCCAGGGUGAUUCCCUUCAAUUUCAGUCAGCCACUUUCCGGUCCCAUCCAAUUAAACAUGGCUGAAGAUGCCGUUGAUGACAUGUACAUAGGCUGCACUGAACGCAUGAUGAGAAGAGUCAAGGACACAUUCAUGAAAAUCGAGAGAAAGAAUGAAGUGUUUGCAAAAGCCUGGAAGAAUGCAGAAAACUGUGCAAGUGAGAAGCUCAGACAUCAACACAAGAAUGGGACUCUCACAAAGGAUCACAUCCAAGCAAUCUGUCUUUAUACAUCUAAUUAUAUUACAGUCUCUAACCGUAAGUUUUAUGACCUUUUCAACACUGUGACUCGCACCGGGAGGAAAACGUAUACCACCACCAAGUUCGAGUUCCAUGCUUUCCAUUUCUUUCUGACAUCUGCUGUACAAACGCUGAAAAAUAAUCAAAGUAGCGGUACCAUCAAGCCUACCUACCGAAGAACAAAUAGUGCCUUCGAGGGUAAAGUCAACAAAAUAAUGCGAUUUGGUUCUUUUUCUUCCAGCUCUUUCAGAACAGACUUGACACAUUUUGGGAACAAAAGCUGCUUUGAAAUUUGGACGAAUUUAGGUGCUUCCCUGGGUGAAUAUUCAAGGAUCAGCAAUGAGCUUGAGGUACUCAUUCCUCCCUAUGAGAUGUUCAAAAUAACCGAGAUAGUUAAAGGUAAAAAACUUAAAAAGAGAAAAGGUCUGGAUGACUGUAAAGUUCUCUUUAUUUUAAAGAGCGCAGGAGUUCACAGCAAUCUGAACUGCCAAGCUUCUGUAUAGAAGGGCUCAGCUGGUUGGGCACAGAUUAAGUAAAUGGGUCUUGCAGUGCAAUCUGUGUUCCCUUAAACAUUGGAUUACUAUUGAAUGAAUGUCUUUUCUCAGCCAAGCUUAUGAGUGCUUUUUGGGAACCCUCCUGAAACAACCCCAAAUGUAUUUUUACAGUAAUGCUGAUGUAGUUUGUAGUUACU